CUGCUCGAACGCGGCACGGACCGUGUUGACCCGUUGCGAUGUGAACGCCUAAACUCAUCAUCUGUCUGCGGCGACAGCUUCUCUGGGCAUUUGUUCUGUGGCGACAUUGAUGGAGUUCCGCUUGGACAGCGCGGAGUACUGCCAGGCUCAACACAAAUAAACCGGCUGGUUCAAGACGCGGCUCACGGCGCCGAACCUGAACCCAUGCUGGGAGCAAGCGACGCACGCACCCCGACCACUGCGCUAUAUACACCCCCCUUUUAUCAUUGUGCUUGUACGUGCCGGAGUGAUGUGAAUGUUCUAACGAGUGAUGCGCCAUUGGCACUGAAUCAGAACUCUCAGGAUUGUACUCGACUGGACAUGUACUCGCAUGACCUUAACACUGCUUUCGAACUGUGA